AAAUUUAAUUGUGCUCAUACGCAUUCUGUUACCGCUUUUCUAGUAAAUUUAUUAAAUAAACAACAGCAAACGAAAUACAUAAUAAUAAAAAAACAGCAAUAAAUAGCCGCAAUUAAAUAACAAAACGUAUUAUUUUUGUAUUCAAAAUAUAAAACGUUAGAAAAUAAAAUUAUAAACAGUUUUUAAUUGUAAAUCGACUGUCGAACACGUAACAUUACACUAUUAUUAACUGUCUGCAGCUCCUCAAAUAAUUAAACAAAAAUUUUGAAAAAUGUUUACUAAAUACUGUGCCUUACUUUUGUUAAUGUUAACAUGCGUAAAAGGUGAGCUGUGGAAUAUGCCCACUGCCACGGAUAUACAAACGUCAGUGGAAACCUGUCAAAUCUCCAACGAAUCUUUUCUUAAUCUACAAGAAAACUACGACAAGGAUUCCGGUGAUAUCCGAUGUUUUGCAAAGGAAUUGGGAUUAUGGACAGAUGAAGACGGCUUCCAGGCAAAACGUAUAAUAAAACUGCUAAAGAAAUACAACCAACCUAUAGAAAUCGUGGUGGUGAUUGGCUAUUGCAACAGGUCCCACAAACAAACCUCCAACCUUGAUAGAUGGGCCAAUGAAGCCUAUGGCUGUUUUGCCAAUGGACGCAUAGGCGCAUGGAUUAACGACUACAUCAACAAUGUUUACAAAAAUAAAAUAACAACAAAAUAAACUCAACAUUUAUGGUUUUCUCAUACACAACAAGUUAAAUAUUUAUUUUUUUUCUUUUCAAUUCAUUUGAGUGCAAUUAAUGUUUGUGUACGCUACCCUUGACCAAUUGCAAAUUGGAACGAAUGAAACACAUGCCACCGCGAUAGGCCCAGGUGCAGGCAUCACUGCCUUGAGUAUUCUUGUCGGCACAGUGCUCGAUUUUAUGGUGAGUUUCAUCGUUGUGAUCGACCGUGCCAUGUUCGCCUACCAGCUGGUGGUGGAUUUUGUGGACAUCGAAA